GUCUACAAGAAUAAAGUCGUAAUAUUUAUUUAACAUUACGAGAAUAAAGUCGUAAUAUUACGAAAAUAAAGUCGUAAUAUUACGAGAAUAAAGUCAUAAUAUUAGGUCUACAAGAAUAAAGUCGUAAUAUUUAUUUAACAUUACGAGAAUAAAGUCAUAAUAUUAUGAGAAUAAAGUCAUAAUAUUAGGUCUACAAGAAUAAAGUCGUAAUAUUUAUUUAACAUUACGAGAAUAAAGUCAUAACAUUACGAGAAUAAAGUCGUAAUAUUACGAGAAUAAAGUCAUAAUAUUAGGUCUACAAGAAUAAAGUCGUAAUAUUUAUUUAACAUUACGAGAAUAAAGUCGUAAUAUUACGAAAAUAAAGUCAUAACAUUACGAGAAUAAAGUCGUAACAUUACGAGAAUAAAGUCGUAAUAUAACGAGAAUAAAGUCAUAAUAUUAGGUCUACAAGAAUAAAGUCAUAUUACGAGAAUAAAGUCGUAACAUUACGAGAAUAAAGUCGUUCUACAUGAAACUACUAAAAUAAUUUUAUAUUCCAAAUUCAUUCCAAGCAUUAAAUUAUUUUCCAUGUUCAACCAAAAACAUUCAAGUACAGUGUGAGUAUUUUCCCAUAGUGCCUGAAGGAAGUUAGACAUAUUGGAUUAGCAAAGUUUGUUUACAUUUCAGUAUGUCAAGAACAUUAAAAUUGUGAAAGAACAUUUCAGACAAUAUUUUAACUUUGAUGUUGUGUCUUUUAGAAAAUGAAUGUGGACGAUGCCAAUUAUGAGUCAAAGUAGCCCCUGCCUGUGGACUCGGCUCCCCCAGAGCAGUCGGUCCCCAUGUAACCGCUUCAAGCACGCCUGCUGCAGCUAUGAUGGAAAUGUCUACGUCCUGGGAGGAAGAGACAACAGCUGUCUGAGGGACUUCUGGAGGUACAGCGUGGUGCAUGACGAGUGGACGGAGUUGAACUGCACCGGUGAAUCUGCACCAGAAGAACUAGAGGAACAUUCUAUGGUGGCUCAUGAGGGUUUCUUCUACGUGUUUGGAGGCAUGCUGGAUUCUGCAUACACCAAGUGGAGAUGUCCCCUGUGGGUGUUUGACAUUGCGAAGCAGAAGUGGGUGCACUGCCAGGGAAAGACGAGCUCCCCUCAGACCCAAAUGCCCACCAACAGAAAGGGCCACAGUGCUGUGGUGGUUGGCUCUGCCAUGCUGCUGUACGGAGGCUUCGUAGACAUGAAAGGAUCCUCGCAGGACUUUUGGAGUUUGGAUUUUGAUACCAUGGCUUGGUCCCUGCUGAAUGAUUCUCAGCAGGGCUCAUUAGGCCCAGGCCCCAGACACAGUCACUCAGCCAUCGCCUACCAGAGCUGCAUGUACCUGUUCGGGGGCCUGAAAGGCUUGCGGGAGCAGAGAGACUUCUGGAGGUGGAAUUCCUCCACCAACAUAUGGAGUUCCCUCAGAAACAAGUCCGGCCCCUCCAGACUCAUGGGUCACUCAGCCGUGGCCUACAAAAACGGUAUGCUCCUUUUCGGGGGAGGCGAGAGCCAGAACUCUCCACAGAACUGCCUGUGGAGGUACAACUUCACCACGCAGACCUGGGGGCAGGUUGCCACACUCCCAGGAACUCCCAACCCCCCCGACAAGAUUCACCACUGCUGCGUGGGGCUGGGUCCCAGCUACAAGUCCAACCCCGGUAGCCCCGACUCCAGCUCGGAACUCCAACCCAGGCUGCUGGAUGGGAGGAUGAGGCCCUUCAAAAACAAGUGCUUCCCCGCCCAGCUCACCUUCUUGGGAUCGGAGGGAGGUAUCGAGCUGGAGACCUUUGGCCCGGACCGGUGCUACGGUCACAAAACACUCACACAAUCCUCAGAACUGGACAACAGCAAAGAGGCGUUGACGGGGAAAGAUGCGCUCCGGAUUGGAAACUGUCUGACCUUUGAAAACAAGGCUUUCAGGAAACAGUGGAGCUGCACAGACGAGGACCUCCUGGAUGAGGAGGUCGGGGACGUAGGCCAGAACCUGCCUGAUCUGCUGCUGGUGCUGGGGGGAAGACCCUGCUCCAGACACUGUCCUAUCUCCAUAUGGCAGAUGACUCUGACAGACUCGUAACAGCCUGAAGAACAAACCUUUUCUCUGAAUCAGUGUUACAUCGUCACCUAACCUUUGUUAGAUCGUGUAUAUGUUUGAAGAGUUUACUGACACAAAUAUUUUUUAUAAUCCUGUUACUUUUGUAACUUGACUGUUGAUGUUGUUAUGCAUUUAUCACACACUUCCUACAUGCAGAAAUAAAUUAUCCGAAGCUGCAGUCAUUAACAAUUUCAGUAGUAGUAUCACCUAAAUUACACACGAUGGCGCCAGAGCUCAGCGUUCGGCAGUCUAACAACCUUAAUCUACCACUGACUGACUGAGUGACAUAUAUUACAGAUACUUCAUAUUAUCUUCAACAAUAACAGAACAACAGAAACUGCAGGAAGUUUGAGUGAAAUUAUGAAUUUUGAGCAGAUUAUAUAUAUAUAUAUAUUUUACUGAUAUUUUUAUGAACUUUAUAUACAAUUUUCUGUCUGUAUUAUAUUUGUAACCACUGUUCUAACGUAUGACCUAUCACUGUUGGGGACAUAUGGGCCACAGUGCUGGGCUCGUGGAAGGCCAACUGAAAAGUGCUGUAAAUGUUCUGCUGCCAGAAAUACUAAAAUAGCCCCCCCAAAAAAAGAUGCACUUCCUGUUUGAGCUUACUGAAAAGUUUGUUGGUUUUGCUCUUUUAAUUUGUCAGUGAUAAUAAAAAAUAUGAAAGAAGCCUUUAUCCUUCAUGGUUGUUAAAGGGACAGUUCACCCUAAAAUAAAAACAUCCCAUAUUUGCCCUUA